AUGUUUUAGAUUAUGUUUUAGAUGUAUUAUAUUUUAGAUGUAUAAAGGAACCAAGGUUAUACGAGGGAUACAAUGUGACUGGUGGCAAUCUUGUAUGUUCUGGCCAAACUUAUUUGCCAACUUUACACUCGACUAUUACUUCUCUGUAUACAACUGGACAUCACCGGAUUUAUCCCCUCAAGUUCCAGUAAUGGCGGAGAUACAAGGACUUAGUCUUACUGGAAACUUUCAUCACACAUAUGAAUACUUUGACUACAGGAAUCAUAUCUGGGACGCUGAUUCUGUGUUUGAUACACCACAAGGAAAGGUUUGUCCAGGAAGAACUCAGACUAGAAAGGUUCCAGUACUAUCCGGACAGUAUUCAUAUAGAGAAGAAAUUGUAGAUAAUAUUAACAGAGGCGUUUCAGAAGCAGAUGUCUACUAUGAUUAUACAUAUAAUCUGGUACGAUUUGACUACAGACCACCUUACUCUAGAUACCCGUAUUAUGCGACAAACCCUGUCAGUGAAAUACAUGACUAUUCUACAGGUAUUGCCUACGCCAUCGACAAUUAUUUGGGUAAUUGCUCCAUGAUCCCCAUACAAAACACGACAUUCGACGCGUCCGUCAAACUCUCUGUGAACGCUAACCAGAGUCAACAAUUCUAUAUUCAAAUGAAAUCUCCAUCCCAGCUCUUCUACCUCGAUAAUACAUCAUAUACUUACGAAGGAACGAGAAUGGUGCGAGGUAUACUCUGUGACGUAUUUAUCUCAAAUCGUACUGAUUUCCACUUGCCAAACUACAAUACUUUCACAUCUACAUUCGAGUUUUACUUUAUGAAUAACCAGUGGACAGCAAGUACAUCUCUCGGUGCUAAAUCCAAAACAAAUACAAACAUUCCAGUUCAACUACGAAUUACAGCAGCUGACUGGGUCGGAUACCAGGCUACGUACAAUAUUUACAAUUUUGAUUCCGAGGACCCGUCUUAUAACAGAUUUUCUAUCGCCAACUGUUACGAUGACUUCUCGAAGAAGGCGUUCAUUCUAGAGUUUCCAGGCUCAUGGGACAACAGUCUGUUACAAUACCAGAAUCAAUUUAUUACACAAAUCACCAACAGACUAGCUACUGUCGGUCACGUGUCUCAUAUACGGGUACAGAACGCUCAGUUCCGGGUAGAAUCAAACGAGUUCUACUUUGUUGCUACACUUCUAGAUUUACCGCCACCUAUCGCUUAUUUCAGAAAGGUUACAGGUCGUUUCCGGCAAUUCACAAACGACUUGUCUGUAACAGUAUCGAGUGCUGCUGAUUGUGCCCGCCAAUGUAAUGAUCCGGGUACUUUAGGACAAUGUAACAGUUUUGAUUACUGCGCUUUCCAAAAUCUGUGUGGUCUAAGUAAAUCUCACACUGAGGACGGGGUUGCUAUUGUAACAUCUUCCGGACAAUGUGACCACUACGUUCGUACGACGCAGACGUCAAAUUUUAACUUAGCACUCGCUGACGCCUGGAAGAACAUAAAGAACGACGUGCUUAUUGGUAACUUUCAAAUCAAGGUCAAUAUAAAUGGACAGGCAGCAACAUUUACUGCUGGUACUAUAGAUGAUAACGUUAUACAAAAUGCCCAGCGUACUCUUACAACACAGUCUCUUAUGAAUCAAUUCAACACGCAAAUCAACAAGAACAUUCCCGGCUACGACGACGCAAUUCUGACCGGUAUUGCCAUUGACGACUGUGCGUCUGCGUGUGUAACACAACAAUCCUGGGUGUGCAAUUCGUUCUCAUAUUGUUUUGAUACCGGAUACUGCGUGUUGUCCAAACUUCAUCCAGACGAGCGUCCGUCAGUUGUCGUAAAUAUGAUGCAAUGUGAUUUAUAUACAAGGAAAUAUACAUCCGGGUACCAAAUGUUCCAGGGCACAACCGUCCUAUCCAGCUCGGACACGGUGUAUCAGAAUAUCUACACGGCGGAUGAGUGUGGCAAACUGUGUAAUAACUACAAUGGUUUUAACUGCAAGUCAUUUGAUUAUUGUGACGGUAUAUCCACGUGCUAUCUUGGACGAACACAUUAUUACGACGUGCCACAAAGCGACAAAGUGGAUACACCAUUAUGUAACCAUUAUUCCAAAAAAUACCUCGCCGAUUUCCAGAUAACAACACGACAACAUCUCACGAACGCUGGUGAUCGUAUCAUCAGUGGUGUACCUGUUGAUCAGUGCGCCAAAUUGUGUGUCGAGGAAGAGAAUAACAAUUGUGCUAGUUUUGGUUACUGUGGUAACACAACAGAAUGUAGACUUAGCACGGCUUCCAUGAGAAAUGUUGGUCAAGUAAGCUCCGAAGCGAAUCUAUGGUGUGAUGUUUAUAACAGGCAGACGUUCCCGGACGGGACACCUUUUAUAAACAACCCAUCAAAAUACUAUAGUCUUCCAACAUCAAGUGGAAAAUAUACAGGAGGUGCUAUGGCAGGUUUGGCGUUUGGUAUGUUAAUAAUGGGAAUAUUGUUAGCGGCAGGCAUAUACUUUGGAAUAGCCAAAUUCAGAGGAAAACCACUCGAUGGAAUGGCGGUUUCAUUUGUGAAACAAGACGAUUAACACUAACACGUGGACACAUUGUUAUACUUCACCGGUGUUUAAUGUUAAAGUGGUGUUUUGUUUUUACUUAUUGUUCCAUCUUAAUUAAGGACUUUGCUAAUAUAUUAUCGACAUCAAAAUGUCACUAUCCGCAGAAAUAAUGUGUUCUUAUUGUGUCUUUAAAUAUCGAAUUUGCAACGUGGUUAUUAAAAUCGACCAAAUACAUUAUGGAGGUUUCUUUGACAAGUAUGUUGGUGCAAAAAGUUAAGGUGUAUAUACUUGAAAAGGUGUAUAUAAAAAAAGGCCAUCAUAUGCUUAUAAACCUUUUUAAAGUAAGGUUAUUUACUUUGUUGCAUACUUAUAUUUUAAUUAUAUUGCAAAACUUCACCGGGUUUUCGUAAUAAAUAAAUGUUUUAUUUUAGUUUUAAUGGGUUGUAUAAAGUGUAUUUGUUAAAUUUCACUAGAUAACAGUUGUACCAUUAAACUUUGUGAUAUUUAUCUAUAUACAAUA